AUGCUGCACUCCCUGUGUUCCCCCUGGUGCUGGAUCAGCACCGCUAACUCGUCCAUCUUAUUGGGGAGAGAUUUCAUAUUCCCUAUGAUGAUCGAGAGAAGAACAGGUUUGAAACGUCUCUUCCUAGUGCGGCACUCAGCUCAGGGCAUGAAGGCAGUGGGAGUUGCAGAGUGCGGCGGGGGAAGAGAUCGGCAGCACGGCUACGUGGAGCCUGGUGUCCAGACAACAAAGGACUCUUAUGGGACACGAGGUGGCAGCCUGCGACCCACACCUGGUCAGCCCCGCUGCGGGACUGGCUCACCCCGGCCAGAGGGAGGCGCCAACUACAGCUUCUUAGGGGGAAUUGCAGCGCUUGCUUCCUGCCAGGUGAGUGACGGCGGAGCGCUGCAGAUCCGGACCGCUUCCAGGAGUGACGUCCGGGGCAGGCAAAGCAGCGGAAGCCGGCGGGAGAAGAAAAGCGAGGCUGGAGCGGCAGCACCCCAUGCUGGGGAGGAGGCGAAUCGGGGCGGUGCCCCUGUGCACGCGGCCAUAACGCCUGCUCCGGAGCUGCGCGAGAAGGACGAGUGGCAAAUAUCAGCAUCGGGAGGGAGCGUGGGAGAGGAUGAUGCCGUUGUUAGUAACCCCCUGAGGGGGUUCAACAGUACCUGUCUGAAGAACGUCUUUUCCACCUUGCUGAUGUUUAUCUACCUGCUGCUGACUACAGUGGCAGUUUUCCUUGCUUACCAGACCAUCAUAGACUUCAUGGAGAAGCUUAGCCACCCAGUCAUGUCUGUCAACUACAAGGAGGUAGACUCCUUUGAGCCUGCAGGUAUUGCUUUGUAUCUUGGGAAGGCACAGCUCCUAAGCUGUAAGCAUCACCACCAUGCCUACAUCCCUCCACUGGUGUCGCCCGGCCAGCCUGAGGAAGGAGACUGUGUAACAGAAGAGGUUACCUACAUGAGCCCCUACUCCAACCACACUAGGAAGACUGCUUUGGUGGUCCAAGGCCCAACAGAUGUCAGGAAUCGUGAGCUAAUUUUCCUACAGUUCAGUCAGAACGAGACAGGGGAGGAUUUUAGCUCCAUCAGCUACAUGCUCUUCUCCAGAUUCAGUGAUCUGACCAAAAGCAGGGACAAAGCAGCAUUCAUGCAGGGGUGUGAGAGGAACUACUCCAUAUGGAUGUUCUCUGGUGGAUUCCGCACAUGGGUGAAGAUGUCCUUUGUGAAGACACCCGGGAAAGGGGUGGAGUCUGUGGAGUUCCGACAAGAGUCUAGUGUGGUGAAAUAUAAUGACAAGAGGGCAGAGUUGGAGAGAGAGAACCAGCUUUUCUUCAUUGUGUUUGAGUGGCGGGACCCUUUCAUCCAGGAAGUUCAUGAUAUUGUGACAGCAAACCCAUGGAACACCAUUGCCAUUCUGUGUGGCGUCUUCAUGGCCCUCUUCAAGGCAACCAACUUUGCCAAACUCAGCGUGAAGUGGAUGAUCAAAAUCCGCAAGAGACACCUGAAACGCAGCGAAAGGGAGCUGACCCACAUUAGCUGA